AUGAUCCAGCACUUCAAGAUUAUUUGCAGCUUUAUUGGAACUUGUAUCAAAACAGCACACAGUUCCAAUAAAGCUGCAAAUAAUCUUGAAGUGCUGGAUCCUCGUGUUGUGUUUCUGAUCUUGUGCUCACCAAGCCGAGGAAGCCUCAUUGGUGGUUUUCAGUUGGUACAAAUAAAUAUAUUUUCACCAAGGGUUCUAUAUAUCAAAGUGGGUUCUGGUUACCCUUAUCGUUUGCCAGAAGUGGCUCCUUUCAUCACUACUCCCCUUGAAACACUUGAUGCUUUAGUGGAAGAUGUCGCCACUUUCAUGUGUACAGUUGAUUCAUAUCCUCAGUCGGAAAUCAUAUGGACACGCAAUAACAUUGGUAUCAGAUUGUUUGACACACGUUACAGCAUUCGAGAAAACGGGCAACUCCUGACCAUUCUCAGCGUGGAGGAAGGUGAUGAUGGUGUUUACUGCUGCCUGGCUAAAAAUGGUGUCGGAGAUCCAGCAAAAAGCUGUGGAGCUUUGCAAGUGAAAAUGAAACCAAAAAUAACACGUCCACCAACGAAUGCAAAGCUUAUAGAAGGAGUAAAAGCAGUUCUCCCUUGCAAUACCCUAGGAAACCCCAAACCAUCCGUUUCAUGGAUUAAAGGUGAAAAUGCUGUUAAGGAGAAUGCUCGUAUCUCUAUUCUAGAUUCUGGAAGCCUAAGAAUUCAGAAAGUACAAAGAGAAGAUGUUGGUCAAUACCGUUGUAUAGCUAUGAAUAGCCUUGGAACUGCAAUUUCCAAACCUGCACUGCUGGAAGUGGAAGUUCUUGCCAGGAUCAUAAAAGCACCGGAGUCACAGAAUGUAACAUUUGGUUCGGAAGUGUCUCUGAGGUGUACAGCUUCUGGUAUUCCAGUUCCUUCUAUCAGGUGGUUUGAAAAUGGAAAACCUGUUUCGCCAGAAUCUGUUGAAGAAAACAUCAAGGAUGGAGUCAUUUUCUCCAAUUUGCACAUUAUAGCAACCAGACCAGGCCUGUUUAUGUGCAUGGCAGAUAACAAACAUAGUGGGAGUUUUGGCACAGCAAAAGCUGCAGCAACAAUAAGUAUAUCAGAAUGGAGGCUUUAUAAAGGUGAUGUUGGCUACUGCAGCACCUACAAGGGGGACAUAUGCAACAUGGUGCUCACUAAGGAUUCCUUGGUUUUCUUCAACACAUCUAAUGCUGAACCAGAAGAAAGUCAGGAGAUGCUAGCUCAAAUAGCUUGGACUGAACUAAAAACUGUGAGUCCAUUUUGCCGACCUGCAGCUGAAGCUUUGCUCUGCAACAACUUUUUCCAGGAAUGCAACCAUGCAGCAGAUGGUCCAGCUCCAAAACCAUUAUGCAGGGAACAUUGCCUUGCAGUAAAGGAUCUGUACUGUUUUAAAGAGUGGCUGUCCAUUGAGGAAAAUUCACGGAAAGGAAUUUAUAAACCUGGAUUAAUGCUGCUAACACUUUCUGAUUGUGAACAGCUUCCAAGCCUGCAUAACAGCCCUGGAGCCUGCAUAAAGAUUCCAUACUUUGAGUUACACAAGGAAAAUAUUACCAAAAUAUGUUAUAAAGGCAAUGGCAGACAUUACCAGGGGACUGUCAACGUGACAGCAUCAGGAAUUCCUUGUCAAAAAUGGAGUCAACAGCUACCUCACCUGCACAGAAAGAUGCCUGCGGUAUUUCAAGAGCUGUCCAAUGCAGAAAAUUAUUGUAGAAACCCUGAUGGAGAACAUGAGCGUCCAUGGUGUUAUACAACCGACCCUUAUGUAAGAUGGGAAUACUGCAACAUUCCAGCAUGCAAGGAAGGUACACUGCAUUUACCAACCACAAUAAAAACAGCACACGGGCCCCCUGUUAUGCCAUCUACAUCAUCAUCUUUCUCGCCAACACACUCUAUGACAGUCAUCAUAUCAAUAAUAUGCAGUUUUGCUGGCUUAAUACUACUGAUAAUAACUGCCCUUGUGUGUUGUCGGAGACAGAAGAAAAUGAAAAACAUAAACAGAGAAAAUACGUCUCCAACACUUACAGCUCUUCCGUCAGAGCUUGUUCUGGACAGGUUACAUCCAAACCCCAUGUAUCAGAGAAUGCCUCUUCUCCUCAAUGCUAAACUCAUAAGUCUGGAGUAUCCCAGGAAUAAUAUUGACUAUGUCAGGGACAUUGGAGAAGGAGCUUUUGGAAGAGUCUUUCAAGCCAGGGCGCCAGGGCUGCUUCCUUAUGAACCUUUUACAAUGGUAGCAGUAAAGAUGCUGAAAGAAGAAGCCUCUGCUGAUAUGCAGGCUGACUUCCAAAGAGAGGCGGCGCUUAUGGCGGAGUUUGAUCACCCUAACAUUGUAAAGCUCCUAGGUGUAUGUGCUGUUGGAAAACCAAUGUGUCUUCUUUUUGAAUAUAUGGCCCAUGGAGACUUAAAUGAGUAUUUGCGACAUAGAUCACCACGUGCUUUGAGCAGCUUAAGCCACAGCAGUCUUGCAACAAAAGUCAGACUCUCUGACCUAAAUCCUGCACCAUUGUCUUGUACUGAUCAGCUCCAUAUUGCCCGCCAGGUAUCAGCAGGCAUGGCCUACCUCUCAGAGCGGAAGUUUGUCCAUCGGGACCUGGCCACCAGGAAUUGUUUGGUCAGUGAGAACAUGGUGGUUAAAAUAGCUGAUUUUGGUCUCUCUAGGAAUAUUUACUCAGCAGAUUAUUAUAAAGCUAAUGAAAAUGAUGCCAUACCAAUCCGGUGGAUGCCUCCAGAGUCCAUAUUUUACAAUCGAUAUACGACUGAGUCUGACGUUUGGGCUUAUGGCGUUGUCUUGUGGGAAAUAUUCUCUUAUGGCAUGCAGCCUUACUAUGGCAUGGCUCAUGAAGAAGUCAUAUAUUUUGUUAGAGAUGGUAACAUUUUGUCAUGCCCCGAAAACUGUCCACUAGAAUUAUACAAUCUUAUGCGUCUCUGCUGGAGCAAGAUGCCUACUGAUCGUCCAAGUUUUGCGAGCAUUCAUCGCAUUCUGGAGCGCAUGUAUGACAGAGCUGUCUCUGCUCAAGUUUGAGGGAUAUAUGAUUCUGUGUAACAUUGCAUCUGCAUAUUUCCUUUAAAAACCGACUGAACUAUUCCACACAUCAUAGUUUGUGUUGUAUGAAGGCGUGGAAUGGAUGAAAACCUAUCCAUGGAAGGACAAUACAGUAAAGUAAAUAUGGUUCAC